UAAGCCACACGAUGGUGACAGCAGUCUUUGAACAAACCGGAAGUAAUUUCGGUCAUCUGAAGAAGAAGCUUGUUUUGGUUUUCCUCCUUGCUAAUGUUAGCCUUUAAUGGUCUUCUGUGGGUCUCUGUUCCAUUGACAGCUGACAAAAAUGAAGAAGUUUUUCGAAGACAUCAAGAAGGACAUAAAAUUCAAAUCGGCAGGACCCGGGAAGAAGUUGGAAGAUGAUACCAGUACCAAGCCUGAAGUGAGGCCAAGCAGCUCCGCUGUCAAGAAAACUCACCACACUCCAACUGAAGGAGCUCAAAGAGCUGGAGCUGCGGCUCUCGCCAGGAUUGAGCAGCAGUCCCGGCUGAAGGUUCACACCUCUCAGGACCACAUCAGGAACCAAGUAAGAAGAGAACUUGAGGCAGAAGCAGCUGCUUUGGCCAUUAACGAAAAGGCAGCAGCCGGGGAGGGAUCCUACGUGCCAACUAAAGACCACACAUGUCUCUCAGUAUCAGGUGUGUACUUCACCUGUCCCUUAACAGGAGCCACUUUAUCUAAAAGUGAGAGGGACUCACACGUUAAGGAAGCCAUUAUAAUGCGGUUUGAGGAAGACGCAGUCGAGGCUUCAGUUAUGAUGAUUCACACCUUCAACAAAGACAGAGAGAAGGUGAAGGCUGCUGUGGACAUCAUUAGCAAGUAUGUGGAAAACAUAUGUAAGAAUCCCACAGAGGAAAAAUACAGGAAGAUAAAAGUCAACAACAAAGUGUUUCAGGAGAAAGUUCGAUGUGUGGAGGGCAGUAGAGAGUUUCUGCUGGCGUUGGGCUUCACAAGCACCAUGUUUCCGAUAGAGGGUCAAGACGAGGAAGAGGAGUUCCUAGUGUUACCAGAACAGAGCCCCGAUGCCCUGGAGUUGAUGAAGGAGAGGAGGGACCGUCUUCAGAGAGGAGAACCAGUCAGAGCUCAGCUGGACAGACAGCCUCAGGCUUUCGCACCGUCGUCCAACGCCCAGCGCUUCGAGCUCCCAUCAGAGUUCUACAACCUAACGGCAGAAGAGCUGAAGAGGGAGCAGCAGCAGAGGAGUGAUUUGGUGGAAAAGAACGCCAUGUUACGCACAAAAGCAAUGAGGGAGAAAGAAGAGCAGAGGGAGAGAAGGAAGUACAACUACACACUGCUCAGGAUCAGGCUGCCCGAUGGAAACAUCCUACAAGGAACCUUUUACACUUGGGACCGGCUGUCUGUGUUGUUUGGCUUCGUGCGGGACUCCUUGGUGGACGGUUGGCAGCCUUUUGACCUCUUCGCCCCGGGAGGUCAGAAACUAGUAGAGUCAGAAGAUGUCGCUCUUGCGGAAAGUAACUUGGUCCCUGCUGCUCUGCUCACCUUCGCCUGGGACGAAGCUGUUCAGGCAGAUAUCGCAGCUGCAGGUGGAAGGAGCCCCACCCUCCUCAAACCUGAGCUGCUGGAAACCAUUGAGCAAUUGAACUGAGAUGACUGUGUCUGAGCCUCCGGGGCUAAAACUCUUUCUUGCCCGUAACUAUUGAUAAGUGUGCUUUGACAGAUGCUAACAUGAGUCACAGAAGUAGUUCUAAAAAAGAAAAGAAAAAGUGGGACAGAGGGUUACCCAUCAUGCACUUGUUUUGCUGAGCAUCUCCUCACUUCGCUGAGGAGAUCAAGACACUACAGUUUGUCUAAAAAAGGAGGUUUUCCUUUUACUGCCACCUGAUCUUUUUUUAUUUAUCCUGCAAUGUUUAGUCCUUAAUUUUGCUGAAUCAGUAUUAAAACGGUGCACACCACUCUCAAAAGAAAAUCCCAAAAAUGAUAAACUGAACAUUGAAACGGUUUGAGGCUUUCAGUGCUCAGGUUCAGCAAGUUCUUUCUUUGCGUCAGCAGAGAAUGGUUGACUAGUCUAAUUCCGUUACUAUCAACUGUGAACACAUUCAGGCUCAUCAUAUAAUGUUAUAAUGUAAUAAUGUAAUAUUAUACAUUUACAUCAGGGUCAAAACAAUUCAAAUAACAAGAUUUCAUCAAUAAACACACACCCAGACCAUUCAUAUACCAACUGCUUAUACCUUUUACUAACAAAGGAUUAAAUAUUUAUUUUUCCUAAUACAUAGAAUUGUUAUAAUUGUUCUUGAGAUAGUGAUUAUUCUUCCACUAACGUUGUCAAUAUAACGUACAGCUUCUGUUAAACAUUGGCCGUUACCUGUUGAAUCAACAGCAAUGCUUUUGAUUUACACGUCUGUGUUUGUAAGUAUUUUGUCAAAGUCCGCUUCAUGUCAAUGAAGAUUACUCCGUUAAAUGACUGUUUGACUUUGUUCUAAUAGUUGACAGGAAAUCCUUUGCAUAAACAUAAACUGCUGUGGGAAACAUCCAUUAAUGCAGGACGUAUUAGAUCCCUGAGUUGUGUUCGACAUUUUCACACUGUACGGGUAUUCGACGGAAGGCUGUAAAUGUUAACUGUUAGUUGUGCUCCUUCAGUGUCUGUGGCCUGGAAUAAAAAUCUCUCGCAUUUUAA